ACCAUAUAUGGUCUAUCCUAACAUUGCAUAAUGAUGUUGCUACCAAAAAUGUUGCCUUAGAUGCUUAAAAUUUGAUUGAACUGGGUGUAUACCAACAUCAUAUAGCGGUGUUGCCAUUGAUCCGAAAACUGUUGCCUUAACCACAAAAAAAUCGCAAUGCCAACAUCUUGCCAACAUCUUGUGCGAUGUUGCCUUAGAGAAGAGUUAAAAUAAAAGAGGGAAACAUCCCGCUUUGUUUUGAUAGUCGAAUUUUUAAACAAAAUUCAGCUGCAACCGCCUUAGAAAAAACAUAUCUCCCGCAUAUCUCAGACAAUUAAAACAAAAAUUAAAAACAUAUCUCUCAUCUCUCUCUCUCAGACAAACACAUUUCUCUCCUCGAACUCACUCUCUCUCAGACAAAACCUCCCCCUCUCUCUCUCUCGCAUUUUCUACUCAAUGUCUCCAGUAUACCUCUCUUCUGAAUCUUCUCCAUCUCGCUCUUUCAUCUCUUUCUCUCUCCUCGUUCUCAUAUCUCUCAUCUCUCGAAGCUCGAAUCUGCAAAAAUUUGGGAAAGGGGGCUGGUCCGACGACUUUAUAGAAGGAGCUCUGUUGUUUUUCUCUCGUAGCUUUAAUUUGGUCGAACUCUAACUAUAAGAACGUAAAGAUGAGUGAAAUAUGGAUUAAUCUUCCAAGGUUCAGUGAAGAGUACAACAAGGGGGUUAAAGAUUUUGUAGAAAAUGCUAUGGUUCAUUAUGCUAUAGAAAAUGAAAUGAAGUGUCCUUGUAGUUUAUGUAAAAGUAAGCGAUGGUGGGGUGCAGAACAAGUGUAUAACCACCUGAUUUGUAACGGUCCAUCUGUGGUAGAAGUUAGUUGGAUUUACGACGUCUCAAAUAUGGUAAAUGGUAGUACUGAAUGGAUGGAUUGUCAAGAAAAUGUCGGGUUCGAAUUGUUUUUUCUCUCUUUUUCAGAAAAAAGCAAGAACAAAUUCAGAAUCUCGAAGGCUUAUAACUGAAACACAUACUGCUGGAAGUAGGAGUUUCGCACAAAUAAGUCACAAUAUGGCACUUGAAAGAGCAUUGAAGGCUACCCGUGAACAACCACCAGCGCCAAUAUCAGAUGCUGAUGUUUAUCUUAAAACACGCAAACGGGAAAGCACAAGAACAUACAAGCUACCUAGUACCUACUGAAGAUGUUGAGAAAAAAGUAAAAAAUGUAGAGAAGCUGCUGAAAGAUGGAACAAUUGACGAAGCUGAUGAAGUUGUUUAUGGUGGGAAGGAUCACAAUCGCACGUUUUUAGUGGGGAGGCUUAUUGAGAAAAGGGAAGCAAAGAAAAAAAAUGCACGCCCUUUGCCUACCAUUCCAGAGAAGUAUGUGGCUAGUUUAACUGAACAGAUUCGAGAUCAAAUUGCAAAGGCGAUGGAAGAACAAGUGCAGAAGAAGGUUGAAGAUAAUGUCAAGCUCAUGAUGUCCAAGCUGGCAGAAAAGAAUCCAGGCCUUAAUCUCGAUAUCGAGCUAACCAGUGCAACUGAGCCAACAGUUGAGCCAUCACAGGCCAAAAAUGGCAGUGAUUAACAGCCCUUGAUUGAUAUUUUCCGUAUUCUGAACUAAACAUGUCCUUGCUUAACUUUUAUUUAGGUUUUAUAUUAAGAUGAAUUUGUAUUUUGGAGAAGUUGGAGGAUCUGGUUUUAUUUUGAAAGAUGUGAUGUAUUUUGGAGUUGGGGAAUUGUCAGUACUGUUUGAGAAUUUGGUUGUUUGUUUGCUUGGAAACUUGAUAUUGUUAUUUAUAAAGGGAUGAUCUAAU